AUGGCUCCCAGCUAUUAUCGUGCGCCAUAUGCUGACCCUAGUACUGAGGAGGAACAGCUCGUUGUUGAGAAAGAUGAGUACACCACAAGAUUGCCGAUCCAAGCAAGAAGAUCUUCGCCAUUGGUCUCAUGGUUUGUGCGGUUGGCACUAGUUGUCUCGGUGGUUGCAAACCUAGCACUAUGGAUCAGAGCGCGGACGUUGAAGGUUGAUACUCACCAGAUGUUUUCUCCAGCAAUUCCUUUCAUUGCAUACGAAGACGUCGUCACGACAAGUGGUUUCGGUCGCGAUAUAUCACCAUACAUGGGGAAACCAACACCAGAGAAAGAUGAGCUCUGGCGUGGUCUGUAUAAUUUCGGCAUCAGUAGAAUACCGAUGAAGGAUGCUGCCAGGCUGGCGAACAGGACGGUACCGAUUGGGAACGAUCCUGGGUAUUAUGCUGUGACGCUAGAUGUAUUCCAUGAGCUGCAUUGUCUGAAUGCUAUUCGGCGGCGCCUAUGGUGGGACGGCGUACCCGACCCAGAGGAACCAUUGAUGGAUAUGCCACAUCUCGAUCAUUGCGUCGACAUGAUUCGUCAAAACCUGAUGUGUUCCUCAGACAUAACUCCUCUACCGUGGGUGUGGGACAGAACGCAAAAGAAAGCCCUUGCCGUGGGGAAGGUGAUCCGUACUUGUCGGAAUUUUGAUAUGAUCCGACAAUGGGGGAUUGAUAACAAGGUCCGGGAAUUCAAUACUUCCAUUUACGUAGAAGACCCUCUGGGAAAUAUGGAAAUCAACUAA